GCAGAUAUGUGCUCUAGUUUAGGCGACUUGUUUGCCUGCAUUAGGGCCCAGGGAAAUUCCGACGCGGAUUCCCCCAUCACCACCCAUCGGCGGAAUAUCGCUGACCUGGACGAUGAGGCGCCCGAUCUGCAGCUCCAACAGGUGCCGACCCGCAAGUGGAACGAUCUUUCCGUGCCACAGCGACACGAUUCGUUCCCAGUUCUUCCCCCUCCAGCUGCAUCUCCACUGACGGGAUGCCUUCGUCCCUCUUUGCGGUCAGCAAGGGUCUCCUACGAAGCCUUGGAGCGCUACGAUCGGAUUUUUGGCGGAUCUAUCCAAGACGCAAGGUCAUCUGGUUCAGUCCGAAAUAUUCCCGACCAGUUCUAGGCGGAAAUUUUUUGGGAUUUCGGCAUUGAUAUGAAAAUGUGAUCCCCAUAUUCCGCUAAAAGCCGAACACAAUAAAUACAUUGACUAU